CAGAAUCCAUGAGACUCAAGUUGAUCUGCUGUGGCGACCCACCCUGUGUCCGGAACCAUGCAAUGACGGAUUUGUGAAUAUGUUGUUUUUGUUACAUUGUAGCAUCAUGAAGAAACGCAGCAUCCGAUUUAUUGCUGCUGCACAGAAGAUGCGUUACAAUUGUUCUGGCUCCAUCUUUGUCCUGUAACAUCCAUUGAGCUAAUGCUAUCUGGCUGGUAAAAGCUACAUAAAUAGAAAGAAAAACUAGGCUCCCUUCCCAUUCAAAUGAACACACUGUACUCUGCUGAGCUGACCCUCAGUGCUGAAAACAUAAAGGCGACUAUUUGGGACUCACAAGAGUACUCAUUGAUCCCUGCUGCACCGAUAACUUGACUCAGAUCCGGGUCGUACCUCAGUGUCACCAUGCGCUCCUCGACCGCAUCUGCCGCUCUCCUGUGUCUGCUGGCGGGGGCUGUGUCAGCCAUUCAGAUCCCCCAGACAGUGUUCUUGGACAAGCAUCAGGCGAGCUCUGUAAUCUCCCGUUCGAAGAGGAACGUUGACGGCAGUAACCUGGCUCCGACUCCCACCGUGGAGCAGGUUUGCAUGGAGAAGGUGUGCUCAUAUGAGGAGGCCAGAAAGCUCUUCCAGGACUCGUACCGCACGGAUAUCUUCUGGUCUGUUUACAUUGAUGGAGACCAGUGCGCAGACAACCCCUGCAAGAAUGGAGCCAUGUGCUCGGACAGCGUGGGAGGCUAUGACUGUGUCUGCAAGUCCGGUUUUACAGGAGUCCACUGUGAAACAGACCAGACUCUGUGCACCCUUGAAAAGAACAAGGGCUGCUCCCAGUUCUGCAAACCAGGCUACACGUCUUACGAGUGCUCCUGCGCCCGUGGAUGGAAGCUCAGCCAGAAAGACAGGAAUAAGUGUGAGGCUAUAGACCCUUUCCCCUGUGGUAGGGUGAGAAGUCUGAGACAGUGGGAUGACAGACUGUCCAGCAACAUCCGCAGCAACUUUGAGGGACUUAUCUGUUCUUCUAAAGAGUGUCCCUGGCAGGCUCUCCUGAAGAGUAGAGAGUCAGAUGGUUUCUGCAGCGGAGUCAUUCUGAAGGAGAACUUGGUCUUGACUUCAGCUCAAUGUGUUCACAAAUACAGCCCCUCCCAAGUGGCCGUUGGCAAGCGCAGGACCACUGACGAGGAAACUGAACAGAUAUUGUACGUAAAAAUAGUUCACGUCCACCCACGCUAUGUGGAAGGUCGCCCUGACAAUGACUUGGCUGUAAUUGAGCUUCGUGACCGCAUCACCUUUAAGAACGAGGUGAUUGCUGCCUGUCUGCCAGAAAGAGACUUUGCCGAGAGCGUCCUGAUGUCAGGAGAGUUACCCGCUGUGGUCACUGGUUGGAAAGAACCCAAGCAAGAAUCUGCUUUUCAGGGCCAGCUUACCCUCAACCAGCUGGCGUACAACCGCCUGCCUCAGUGUCUGGAGACUCACCCCAACCUGAUUACCAAUAAAAUGGGCUGCACCGCUCCCCGGACCAACGCCGACUGCACUAUGAGCUCCGGCAGCCCCCUGCUCACUCUGUACAGGGAGGUGUUCUUCCUCACUGGGGUGGUCAGCCAGCCACCAGGGGCCGACUGCAGCAAAGGCUACAUCUUCCAGAAAGUGUCACGCUACCUUGGCUGGCUUCGGCCGCUCAUGGGCUCCCGUUAGAUGGGGGAAUCAGGGAGGUGAGGGAAGGAGGACAUGGACAUUAUGGAAAAUAUAGUAUAAUACAGGUGAAUAAAUACUAAAAACAGGGAAUCAAGUCAAUAUUUCCAUGUGUGUACUUCUAGCUCAGUCAUUUCAGUAGUUUUUAUCUUGCUGCCUUUAAAUAUUAUCCACUUCCUGUUAGAAAAUACAUCUUAACAUCCAUAUAAUCUCCCAUCUGAAAAGGUAAUUGCUUCCCAUUGCUCUCUGUGGACUUCCUCAUUUAUCCACAAGGUGGCUCUCUAUCAACAUACAGAGAGCCACUCAGUAUAUGUGGCUCAAAAGCAGCAAGAGAUGCAUUGAAUUACUCCGCGUGUAUUCUGUGAUGUGGACAUAACUUUAAGUGAUUUUAUUUUUUAUUGACCACUGUACUGGUUGACAUGCACCUUGUAGCAUUCCAGAUAAUCACUGUUUUACGAAUGUAAUAAACCCUAACACCACA